CCGGGCAAGGGGGCCCCUGGCGCGCCGGGGGGCGGCCCUGGGGCUGGAGGCCGCUCUGCGCAGCGGCGGCGGGACGCGCCGGCCGGGCCGGGAAGGGGCGGGGCUUGGCGCCGCGGCGGCCCUGGUACAAUAGGGCUCCUGUGUGCGGCCUCCGCCGCCUGCCAGAGCCAGCGCCAGCAGCGAGCCGCGGGGCCGGCAUGAGCGGGGCGGCCGGGGCCUAGGCGCGCGCGCGGCCGGGGACUGGGGAGGCGGCGGUGGCGGCAGCAGCGGAGACGCCCCGGCCGGGGAGGGCGAUGAGCGGCGGGGAGCGGCCCUGAGCGCCCCGGAGCCGCUGCGGCCGCACACGCCGGGGGACGCGGGCGCGGCCAGAAGGAUGCGUCAGGAUGAAACGCCACAGGCAUCUAAGCACCAGUGACAGUUCAGACAAUGAGAGUCCUUCCACUUCCUUUUCCUCUUGUUCCAAAUACAGGAGUAAAUCAAAAACUCCAGCAAAUGAACAAAAGAAACCUGCUGAGGUGUUCCGGAAGGACCUCAUUAGUGCCAUGAAACUCCCAGACUCUCACCAUGUUAACCCUGAUGAAUAUUACCUCUUUGCCGACACAUGGAAACAAGAAUGGGAAAAGGGUGUUCAGGUCCCUGCCAGUCCCGACACGAUUCCACAGCCUUCUCUUAGGGUUGUAGCAGAAAAGGUGAAGGAAGUACUGUAUACACGACCUAGGAAGUACAUCCAUUGUUCCAGCCAAGAGCCCACAGAACCUGGUUACAUCAAUAUUCUAGAACUGGCAGAAUCUGUGUGUCGCUAUGACUUGGAUGACAUGGAUAUCUUUUGGCUUCAAGAGUUAAAUGAAGAGCUUACGGAAAUGGGAUGUGGGCCCCUUGAUGAGAACACAAUGGAGAAGACAGUAGAAGUCCUGGAACGGCAAUGUCAUGAGAAUAUGAACCAUGCUAUUGAGACUGAGGAAGGGCUGGGCAUAGAAUACGAUGAAAAUGUGAUCUGUGACGUGUGCCGGUCCCCUGACAGUGAAGAUGGGAAUGAUAUGGUGUUUUGUGACAAGUGUAAUGUUUGUGUCCAUCAGGCAUGUUAUGGAAUCUUAAAGGUUCCCGAAGGCAGUUGGUUGUGUCGCACUUGUGUUCUCGGAAUACAUCCUCAGUGUCUCCUGUGUCCAAAGAGAGGAGGUGCCAUGAAAGCUACUAGGACAGGGACCAAGUGGGCACAUGUGAGCUGUGCCCUCUGGAUUCCAGAGGUUAGCAUUGCUUGCCCAGAAAGGAUGGAACCAAUCACAAAAGUGUCUCACAUUCCGCCAAGUCGAUGGGCUUUAGUCUGUAGCUUAUGCAAACUUAAAACUGGUGCUUGCAUUCAGUGCUCUGUGAAAAGCUGCAUCACUGCCUUUCAUGUCACCUGUGCCUUUGAGCAUAGCCUAGAGAUGAAGGCCAUUUUGGACGAUGGGGAUGAGGUCAAGUUCAAGUCGUACUGCCUAAAGCAUAGCAAAAACAAGCAGAAUUCGGUGCCUGACGUUGAUGAGAACCCCAAGAGCAUGGCAGACCAGAAGCAAACAGAGAGUGAGAAAACUAGUUUGCGUGCUCAGAAACUGAGAGAGCUGGAGGAGGAGUUCUACUCAUUAGUUAAAGUGGAAGACGUUGCAGCAGAACUGGGCCUUCCUAAAAUUGCUGUGGACUUCAUUUAUAAUUACUGGAAAUUAAAGCGGAAAAGUAACCUUAACAAACCAUUGUUUCCUCCCAAGGAGGAUGAAGAAAACGGCUUGGUGCAGCCAAAGGAAGACAGCAUUCAUACCCGCAUGAGGAUGUUCAUGCACUUGAGGCAGGAUCUAGAAAGGGUAAGGAAUCUCUGCUACAUGGUGAGCAGAAGAGAGAAACUGAAACUGUCGCACAGUAAAGUACAUGAACAAGUCUUCAAUUUGCAAGUCCAGCUCAUUAAUCAGGAAAUUGCUGCAGGCCAUUCUCUGACAAGUGCACUAGAGAACACACUGUUCUACCCACCUCCCAGAAUCACCUUGAAAUUAAAAAUGCCCAAGUCAGCGCUGGGUGACUGCAAAAAUAACUCUCUGAAAACUGGCAACAGACCCCUUUCUCCAGACAACACCACAGUUUACAACAAAAGGAAUGUGCAGAUGUCAAAGGAGUCAUUUGAAAUUAAAGCAAAAUCAUACUCUAGGUAUCAGCAUGACAACCGAAGUAAUGGGUUAUUGGUAGGGAUUGGCAAGAGUAGGAAUGAAAGAAAAGAUUCUGGACCUGCACAGUCACCAGAGUUUCACCGUGGUCAGUCAUCUGGUAAACCAUUAGCACUUCAAGCUGCAUUGCAUGGACAGUCUUCCAUUGGGAAUGGAAAAAUGCAGCAAGAGAACUCAAGACUUACAAAAUCCAAUGGUUUAAUGGGCAGGGCUGGAGAUGUAACUCAAAGAGACAGGUCCAGCCAGACCCCAUAUGAACAAGAAUCUGUGCUCACUGCUCAUUUGGCUAGUCAAAGCAAUUUUAGAAAAUCUACAAUAGAACAUUUUAGCAGGUCCUUUAAAGAGGCUACCAACAGUUUGGUGAGGACCACAGAAGAUCUGAGGUGCUGUGAAAAGCCAACAAGGAGGCUUUCUACAAAAGAACGUUUGUGGAGCAAACAGACUCUUGAAUUCCAGACAGGAGGAGCUCCAUACCAGGAUAAUGAUGGGUAUUGCCCUGAUUUGGAGCUAAGUGACUCUGAAGCUGAAAGUGAUGAGAAUAAAGAACAAGUCAGAUUAAGGAAAAGCAGCUCAGAGAGAGAAAGCCAAAGUAAGGACUUUGGUAGAGAUUGUAACAAUAGAAACAAAAAAAAUAUUUCUCACAGUUCAGUACAAAGGUGAUUAUAAACACCUAAGGGGUAACUCAACCUUUACAUAAUCCAGUGUAUCGGUGCAAACCUAGGCAUCAGAGGGUUUCAGAAAACGGUGCAGGACCUACAUUAGGAAGAAAUGCAGUGAAAAAGGAGAGAGUAGUUUUUGGUAGUGAAUUGGCCUGCGAUUUUAAAGGGAUAGUCAAGGUUGUGUAGAAAUCCAAUAUGCUUUAUUACAGGUUAACAUCUGGGAGAGUAUGGAGCUGUUAAUCUUUGCAUAACUCCAGGAGCUGCUUCCUUUUUACCUGCCUUUUGUGUAAGGCAUUGUUAAAAAUGUCAAUUUUGUGCUGCUGGACCAGGUAUUAAAGGAGUCCUUGCAUUGCUCUGUAACAUGCUGUAAAAGAUUAAUGCAGACACUAAAACUGCAUUCCUGUUGCACCUGAUCAGCAAAAACUUAAGCAUGUGCUUAAAACUUUAAGCACAUGACUAGUUCCAUUGACUCCAGUGGGAGUAUUCAUACACUUUAAAUUUAAAGCACAUGUUUAAGUUCUCUGUUGGAUUGUGGUCUAAGUGACUACUAAAUGGGGAUCCUGUUCUGCAGAAAGGUAGAACUCCAGUGAUGCUUGUAAACCCUCUCUGCAGGGUAGAAGCAAGUAUCACAAAUGCUGCCAAACUCACUGACCUCUAGAUGUGCCCCCAUACUUUGCUCCGGCUAAAGGUUGUGUUUCUCUUUACAGUAAUUCACUUUAUUUUGUAAAUAUUCAACUUCUAGUACUUCAGUUUUUUUAUCUUUGUACAUAGUUGCUUGUUGUGGGAUGCACUUGUAAAUAUUUUACCCAGCUAACAAGUAAAGAUGACUAAAUUUGUGGAUAGUGUUUACAAAAGUAGAUGUACUACUUCAAAGAAAAAUGCUAUUUGACACUUAAAUUUUAGGCAAUCACCGAUGAUGCUAGGUUCCUCUUGAAACUUGAGAUUUCACAUCUGGAGGCAUUUAUACCUGGUAUGUUAAAAAAAUAAGCUUGAACUAAAAAUCAUUUUGUCUGACCUUUUUUAUAUAGGCUAAAAUUUCCAAGCCUAGGUGACUAAAUAGGGGUUUAGGAGCUUAACUUUAGGAACAUAGGUUUGAAAAAAUUUAGCCAGUCAUUUAUUUGAAGCACAUUUUUAUUGCUAGAUAAAUCUGGAAGCAUAUGUAAGACAUAUGACUACAUUAAGCUGCUUAGCCACCUCUAAUUAGUUCGUAUUUCCCAAACUAAAAGUGCUUUGCACAAGUUUUAAAAGUUGCAAAUGCUAAUAUGCUAACUUUCACCCAACCUCAGAAAAAAGUCCCAUUUUAUUCUUUACUGCACGUGGUUUGUUUUGUUUGAAUAAAAAAACCAACUUAUCUUUUUCAUAAGUUCUGUUAACCAAGAGUAAUUCUGUUCUGUCUGAUGAAAUGACAUUUCAGUCAUAAAUGGGCAAAGCCCACUGUCCCACAACAAGGGCUGAAAUGGAGCACAGGUAUUGCAGAGGGCCUUGCUUUAUAGCCUCCUUUGCUUGUGGUGAAUUUCAUCCAAAAGGAAAUCAUUAACCUCCCAAUAUAAAGAUAUUUAGCAGAAUACAAAUGACAGCUUGAUUUUCUUCAAAGCCUUAAUUUAUUUUAUUGCUCUUAGUUUGGGAAAGUACAACAAAAUAAUUUAGAUGAUUAAACUUUGAAAUAUUCCUCACGAUAGUUACUGGUCAGGGGCUAGAGAACACGUCAGUAGUGAAAUACAAAAUAAACCUUGCAGUUCCGUGACCUGUUUCAUGAAUCCUUAAUUUUCUUUCACUUCUUGAUUUUCUGUAUAUUUGUGUAAUUGUGUACAUCUUUCUAAAGAUGUAUUUUCAAAUUUUCUUUUGGUGUAAAUAUGCAGUAGCAUUUUUAGGUUUCCAUAUACUUUAUUUUAAUGGGAAAUACUUUUUGUUCCUAAGCCAUGGGUCAUUCAAAAUGAGUAACAAAUAUCCACUCAUUUGUAUUCUAGCUCUGAUUCUUAGUUCUCCUUCAAUAUUUAUUAUUAAUCCUUUUUCUGGCCAUACAAUUAUGUGGAGCUUAUCUUGGGAACAUUUAUCUUGGAGGCCAGCAGAGCAGUCAUGUUUCAGGCCCAGCUGCAUAUGAAAAAGAUGAGGGGAGGGAAAUGGUGCUUCAGCAAAAAUCCAAAUUAUUGCUUCAUUGGGGAUGUAACUCUUUCCAGUGUGGGCAAUAGUUUUGCUAAUUUUUGCAUGAUUUUAAUAGAUACAUGAAGGAGCCCUUGGUUAUGUAGUUCUUAAAUAUAGUCCCCAAAAUGUACUUGCUAGUUUUUAUUGUGUGUUUGGUGGCUAACUGUUUGAAGUAUUACCUCUUAACCUUAUUUGUUAAUUUUUGUUUUUUGCAUUUUGUUUUUAUAUAUAUAUAUAUACACACACGCACACACACAAUUUUCCAAGAUGGAAUCAGUCUUUUACAGAUGUCCCCUUUUUACAAGUACUUUUUCAUUAAAUUAUGAAACUGCUAACAGUA